CCUUUUCCUCUUUAAAGAAGCUAUGUUAACGUUUUAACAUCAGUUGACUGUUAAAGAAGUGAGACAAUUGCAUCCUGGUUUUGAGAAUUAUGCUGAUCUUGUUGCAAGAAUUUGUCACAACUAGUGAUUAUUUUUGUUCAUAUUUUACUUAAUGACUUCAAUUAGUAAUCAGUUAACUAUCCACUAAUUGUUUAUUUCAUUAUUUACUUAUUGUGUAGAAAGCACCUCAUGCACUGUCCCUAUCCCGACAGGUCCUCCACUCAUCUAACAGCUUCACCUUUAACUCUUUUUCAGUCCUAUGUGCUAUUGGCCAUUGUCAUCUUCCUGCCCUACAUCUCCCAGUGUGUAAAGUGGUGUUGCAGCAAAGCUGUUGGUCAUGUGGAGGAGACUCCAGACUCCAUGUUGUUUUACACCUACCUGCCCAAUGAGCCCCUCAGCAAAGACCGGGUGGAGGCUUUCAGCGAUGGAGUUUAUGCCAUCGUAGCAACUCUUCUCAUCCUGGACAUCUGCGAGGACAACGUUCCAGACCCAACAGUGGUACAGAAGCAGUUUGGCGGCAACUUGGUAACAGCUCUAAAAGUCUAUGGUCCAGAGUAUCUCGCUUACUUCGGCUCAUUUGUCACUGUCGGCCUUCUCUGGUUUGUCCACCAUUCGCUCUUCCUCCAUGUAAUCAAGGUGACGCGCUUCAUGGGUUUGCUGAACACUUUCUCUCUAUCUUUUAUUGGAGGCUUGCCUUUAGCCUACCAGCUAACACAUGAAUUCCCGCGCAACUCUUACAAUGAACUGGAAGCCAUUCAGAUCAGCUGUGUGAUCAUUUUCUUCGCAGGUAUAUUUCAGCUCGCCAUUUGGGUGGUCGCGCUUUACAAUGAGCGGGAAACUCUGCACCCCUAUGUAAGGUAUGGUGGACGUGAGCACGUGUUCAUGCUAGCUAAGCUAGCUUUGUAUCCCUGUGUAGCUUUAGGGACAUUUUUCGUAACUUGUAUUUUGAGUAAAUUUAGUGCCCAAAUUUUCCACCUGAUGGAGAUAACGGUACCUUUUGCUUUUCUCGUGUUGAGGCUGUUGGUGCGUGUGGGACUAGCCCUGUUACGGCUAAUUUUCUGCCCUGAUCGGACCAACCCAAGGACUCUUGUGGAGGAGGAAGAUGAGACAACACUGCCAUUUAAUGCUUUGGUCACCUAGCUAUCUUGAAAGGAAGUGGCCACAGAAAAUUAAGAUAACUGAGAUGUAGGACAAAAAUGAUCUAAUGCUCAGUUGCUGAAAGUGUUUCUGCUUAGAUUUGACUUCAUCAGGAGGAUGCCCAGUAACAAAGUAGAUUAAUCUCUUUUCAGCACUUAAACUGGUUCAAAUGUUGAGAAGGAAUCAACACAAAUGGAAAAACAUGUGACCUCACAUGGUGAAGGCAAAGUAUGGACCCCUUGUAGAGGUUAGCAAAAACUUAAUGGACUGACGUGGUGAGUGAUAGAUACUGACAGCCAAAGCUUGAUCGUUCAUUGUAUUUUUUAGAUAGCAUGAAUAAUGUAUUUAGCUAGCACUCAAUCAUCUUCAACCACUCAGAAUCAAGGUUUUAAAUAACCCACAAUAUAGUUCCUACUGUGAUUUGCUCAGAAAGCCUAAAAUUCAAUUUCAGUUUUAUUUGUAUAGCAACAAAUCACAACAAAAGUCGCCUCGGAGACAGGAGACACACAGUGACGCGUAAUGGUGGCAUAUGGAUGGUUAUAGAUAAAUAGUAAAAGUCCACUUGAUUAUUCUAUUCACCCUGAAACCAAAGGGUUCAGCGGAACAGAAAAACAAGUUUAUAAAAGUUUCUAUAGUUCAGUUUACUCCAAACACAGGUUUAAAAUGAAUCCAGCUACUAUUUGCAUGUGCACAACAAGAUAAGUUGUUUUUUUCUCUGGCUUGGCUUCUUUCAGACUUUCAACCUAAUACACAGCAAAUGUUGUUGACUUGUUAACAAAGAAGUGUCAUUCCAAGUCUGGGGUGAAGGGCACUUUAAACAUUAUACUGGACAGGUAUAGACAUACAAGGUGCACUAUUUAAAGUAUUUUGAUUAGGAAUGUGUGUAAUAUCAACUGAAAUAUAACCUCAUUUCAAAUAUUUCAGUGUCAUAUUAUCUCUACAUUUGUCUUGUCAAAGGAAGACUGUGCAUUUAAAUGACUCCUACAACUGGAUAUACAGUAUUGUUCAAAAUAAUAGCAGUA